UCUCUUGUCUCAGAGCAGGGCAGAGGAAUUCUAACGCUGGAAAUUCAGUGCAGAAGGACUCCUGUAAUGGUGUAUCUCCAUUAAAAAUGAUAUAAAGCCGUACAUUCAAGUAAUUCAGGAACACCAUUGGAACAUUGCUGGAAACACGUCUUUAUCUCUCCCCUGCGAACAGGUUGGGUUGGAGGGGAUGUGAGGCUGCGGUGCUGAAAGACACACACUAGUAGGCCUAUGGACUAUCCUGUUAGUCACUUGAUUGAGUCACAGGUUUCUAAAUGGGUCCUUUCCACCCCUGUAUGAGGGGAUGAGUGAUGGUAAUGAUGAAGGAGACAAUGAUGUUGGUGCUCUGGUUUCCUCCAUGUCUCCAUCUCUCUUUCUCCUCCCCCAUCUUACCCUCUGUCUUCCAUUAUUCUUUUCUGGCACAGCUUCACAUGGUUCUGCAUGGUUGUUUCUCCUGUCCCCGGGCACCGCUGUGCUGUGCAGUGAGCAGUGCUGGCUCUCAGACCCCGCGUCAUUUGGUAAAAUGCAGGAGAAAAUGCCAGCUUCUUCUCAAGGCACAAUACACAACCUGACUGACUCACUUGAAUGAGAUGAAUGAAUGACGAGCUGGUUGACUCUCCAACACUGAAUGAGAUGAAUGAAUGACGAGCUGGUUGACUCUCCAACACUGAAUGAGAUGAAUGAAUGACGAGCUGGUUGACUCUCCAACACUGAAUGAGAUGAAUGAAUGACGAGCUGGUUGACUCUCCAACACUGAAUGAGAUGAAUGAAUGACGAGCUGGUUGACUCUCCAACACUGAAUGAGGGUCAUAGUAAAGAUGAUGCAGACUAAGUGCCAACCCUGCAUCAUACUUAUUGAGACAGACUCAUUUAAAGAGAAGGCUGUUGAAGGCUGUUGACCAGCAUGUCGUGUCCUUUCUCUGAAUCAGUCCCCUGAAGGUCUCUGCUAAUGAGCUCCGUGCAGCCAGCACUGACAGGAAACCUACUUCAGCUGAGGCGUUUUCUCUUGCACACUCACCCCAGUGACGCAACAGUGUCUAUCUGCAGCGAUACAAAGCUUUGUCUUGGUGAGAGCUGCUCGUCCAGUGUCUGUGUGGUGGAUGUCUGAGUAUCUCUCCACCUCUGCUCCCCCUCCUCUCCUCUCUCUCUAUCUGCCUCCCCAGGAUAACCAUCCUGAACAAAAGAGGGAUGAUUCAUUUUGUGUGCAGUGAAGGAGAAUCAUAGUUGUGAGACUCAGCCUAUGGGAUGUAUACCGUGUUAUACAUUUAUGUUGUUCCCUUCGCGAGCUGGACAGUGGGAAAUAAUGAAUGAAUGCCGGGUGCACUUACUGUAGUCUACAUUUGCAUAGUGUGACAGGUUCCAGGCUAAUACAAUAAGGCAUCCUCCCACAUGGAAAUUGUUGUACAUUCUGCUGGUGAUUUCAAUAAACAAGCAGUAUCAGAAUAAGUUGGAGUGUUAGCCUACAGGAGUUAAUACUGUAGAUCAGUGUCACCCCCCACCUUUCUCUCUCUCGCACUUCUAGCUAUGUUCUGCAGUGCUCAUCUGGAGUUCUGUGGAGUAAUCGGAGCAAACUGAAGACAAAUUAGAUUGAAUGAUUUUCCUUUUUCCUCCUUCCUUACACUUUCUUUAUUCUCUAUCUUUUUCUGUCUCACCCUCGCUCUCUCCAAUCACAUUUCUUUAUUCUCUAUCUUUUUCUGUCUCACCCUCGCUCUCUCCAAUCACAUUUCUUUAUUCUCUAUCUUUUUCUGUCUCACCCUCGCUCUCUCCAAUCACAUUUCUUUAUUCUCUAUCUUUUUCUGUCUCACCCUCGCUCUCUCCAAUCACAUUUCUUUAUUCUCUAUCUUUUUCUGUCUCACCCUCGCUCUCUCCAAUCACAUUUCUUUAUUCUCUAUCUUUUUCUGUCUCACCCUCGCUCUCUCCAAUCACAUUUCUUUAUUCUCUAUCUUUUUCUGUCUCACCCUCGCUCUCUCCAAUCACACCACAUCACAUCUCAGUUCCUGGCUAUUGUCAGCCUUGGAAGGAGGAGCCUCUAAAACGGAGACAGGCUGCUGUGGAAAAAGGAUUGUUGACCCUCCCCACCCUGCUCAUUCCCUGAGGACCCGCCCUGUUGCUGGUUGGGUGUCGCUACUCGCUCUGCCUGGUGGUGGCCCUUAGGAGAUUUGAGUCUCGUGCACCUACACACACCCGCUGCGUACAGGUACAUUCAGAGUGCGAUAGUGCAGCAGCCAUGACGGACGCAGUGAUGGGCGGUAGCUCAGACCGCUGGGUACCCAACGACAGGCAGAGGAGCAUGCAUGCCAAUGAUAAGGAACAGGGUAACUGGACUAACCAGGUCAGGCCUGGUCCCGGCGCUCCGGACCUGACUGACGAGGAGAAGGAGAUCAUUAACGGUGUGAUCGCCCGUGCUGAGAAGAUGGAGGCCAUGGAGCAGGAGAGAAUUGGGCGCCUGGUGAACCGUCUAGAUGACAUGAAGAAGACGGUGUGUGGGGACGGGGUGAACCGCUGUCUGCUGUGUGGGGAGCAGCUGGGUGUGCCAGGGGUCAGCUCAGUGGUGUGUGAGGACUGCAAAAAGCACAUGUGCACCAAGUGUGGAGUGCAGAGUGGGAGCCGGCCGUGCUCUGUGUGGCUCUGCAAGAUCUGCAGCGAACAACGAGAGGUGUGGAAGCGAUCUGGUGCCUGGUUCUUUAAAGGCUUCCCCAAGCAGUUCCUGCCCUCGCCCAUGCCCAUCUCCAAGUCCAGAGAGUCAAGCGCCCAGCGGGCCUCAGAACCCCAGGAGCCAGCAGCCUCUGACCCCAGGGCUGCUGGUAGUCAGCCCCAGCCACAGGCACAGGCCAGAGGACCAGAGGCACAGGGGCGUGCUGGCAAACCACCUGUGGCCCAUAAGCCGACAGAGGUUCGCAUUGCCGCUGGUGGGGCUAGCCCUGGCUACACUGAGGGAGGUGCCCAGAACAGCCCAGUGGUGCUGCAGAAGGCUGUUACAGUCCAGAGCUCCAGGCCCCCUCCAGCAGCAUCAGCCAAGCAGGCUCCACUGGAGAUGGAGGGAGGUGGCUACUCCACUAUCACUGCUCCAGCGGAGGAUAGAGUGACUCCUGCAGUGCGGGAGGAGAAGAGACAGCCUGCCGCCUACAACCCCCCUCCUGCUCGACAACAAGCCCCCCCGCCUGAGGAGGAGGAGGAUGCAAACAGCUGUGAUUCGGAUGAGGCCACCACUCUUGGCGCGCUGGAGUUCAGCUUGCUUUAUGAGCAGGAGAACAACAGUCUCCACUGCAGCAUCCUUAAAGCCAAGGGACUGAAGCCCAUGGACUCCAAUGGACUGGCUGAUCCAUAUGUCAAGCUGCAUCUGCUGCCAGGGGCCAGUAAGUCCACCAAGUUACGCACCAAAACCCUGAGAAACACCCGUAACCCAGCCUGGAACGAGACCCUGGUCUACCACGGACUCACAGAUGAGGACAUGCAGCGCAAGACUCUCAGGAUCUCCGUCUGUGAUGAGGACAAGUUUGGACAUAAUGAGUUUAUUGGAGAAACUCGCGUUGCACUGAAGAAACUGAAGAUCAACCAGAAGAAAAACUUCAACGUGUGUCUAGAGAGAGUUGUCCCUACAAAGAAGACCGCAACAGCUGGAGGGGCUCGAGGCAUUUCGCUCUAUGAGGAUGAGGGUGGGAAGGAGGGUGGAGAUGUGGAGGAGCGUGGUCGUAUCCUUAUCUCCCUCGUGUACAGCACCCAGCAGAACCGCCUGCUUGUGGGUGUGGUGCGCUGCGUUCACCUGGCCUCCAUGGACGCCAAUGGAUACUCUGACCCAUUCGUUGAAAUAUGCCUGAAACCUGAUAUGGGGAAGAAGGCCAAGAACAAAACAAAUAUCAAGAAGAAAACCCUGAACCCAGAGUACAACGAGGAAUUUAGCUAUGACAUCAAGCACAGCGACCUGGCUAAAAAGACCCUGGACAUCUCAGUGUGGGACUACGACAUUGGGAAAUCCAACGAUUACAUCGGUGGGUGCCAGCUGGGCAUCACAGCCAAAGGGGAGCAGCUGAAGCACUGGUAUGAGUGCCUGAAGAACAAGGACAAGAAGAUAGAGCGCUGGCACACCCUGUUGAAUGAGAAUCCUGUCAACAGCAACUAACCCCCACCUUGCAUGAGCUAAGUCCUCUCCCUCUACACUCAGCCCCCUCUCCUCUCUCUACCCUGUCUAACCUCCCUCCACACCUCCCCAAGAACCUUCAUUUUAGUUUUUGUUUUAUUGUACUUACCGGUAGUCUUCCUGUCUGGCUGUCUUCAUUCUUUCAUGCCCUCAACCCAACCCACCACAUGCACCCUUCCCAUCCUCCCCUGUUUUCCCAGGUGUGAUGUUCCCUUCUCCUAUCUCUCCCCCUUUACUGAGACUUAUCUGCCAAGUGGACUCCCCAAGAGGCAAAACAUGGUAUACUUUAAAAUCAUCCUUCAAAUUCAACAAUUUAAGGCAAAAAAUUAUGUUAACGUUUGACAUUGCAGUAUACAGUUGCAUUGAGACGAGCAUGCCUGUUGAAGGUGUUAUUGAACUUGACACAUCCCAAAAUAAAUAAAAAUCAAUUUGAAAUGCACUA